UUUCCUGUUGCUUAUAUUAUGUUACUUAUAAUCUUUCUAUGCUUGCAGGUAAGACAGACAGACUGAGACUAAAAUAAUGUCUGAUCUAAAAUACUACAUGUCACUGUCUGUGACUGUGGGUGUCAUGUUGGUGGGCCUGUCGUACACAAUCUGUUUAGCCUCCCAGUGGAUUUAUGGUUGGCCUGACAAGCCUGGGUAUAAGAAGUACAUAGAAGCUCUUAAUCCAAGGCGAAUAUAUCGUCUCAGCUUUGUUACGCUGGAUCUUCUCAAAUACCUGCGGUAUGCCAGACUUUACUUUCAACUGAAGUCAUGGUAUAACGAUGAGAGGAACCUUAAGUAUUACGAAAAGGGCAUCACAUUUGGUCGCAGAGGCAACAAGCUGGACUUGUACCACCCUCCAAAUGUAGACAAGUUAGAAGAUAUGCCAUCACCAGUUGUAAUAUUUAUCUAUGGAGGUGCUUGGAGUUCAGGAGAAAGGUCCACUUACUGUUUACUGAGCAGGCAGAUGGCUGAAGAACUGAAAGCAACUGUAAUUUGUCCUGAUUACUGCACAUAUCCAAAGGGGAAUGUUUUAGGGAUGGUCCAAGAUAUCGCUGACUGCUUGAUUUGGGUCCACGAGAAUGGAGAGAAAUUCAACUUUGACAAAGAUAACAUUGUAUUAAUUGGGCAUUCAGCAGGUGCACAUUUGUGUACACUCACCACACUGUUUCUUGUUGAUACAAGAGAGGAGCUUUCCAUAGAGCCAGACAAGCAGCAGGAAGUCUUCCUGUUAAUAAGAGGAAUUAUUGGUCUGAGUGGCGUCUACAACACUGUGGAACAUUAUGAACAUGAACAGAAACGAGGAAUCGAAUACCUCUCUGACAUGCACAGAGCAAUGACUGGUGUGGAAAACCUUCCAUUCUACUCACCAACACACUUACUGAAGAAGCUCAGCCAGGAGAAAGUCAGCAGAUUGCCUCCAUUCGCCUUGCUCCAUGGGACCAAUGACAUUGUCGUUCCUGCUGAAUCUACCAUGAGAUUCUCUGAGCUUCUCACUUCGCGCUCUGUUAAGUUGUCAUUGAAUGUGCUUCCCAGAGCGAGCCACACUCAUAUCCCCGUUGACCUCAUGGUGUCAAACAGACGCCUCUACCAUCCAAUCUACGGAUACAUCAAAGAAGAGUUCAGAAAACUUCUAGGUACUUGCACAUCAUUAGAAAAACAUUCAAAAAUCUGUAAUACAUACUGAAUGAUCCAUACAUUUACGUUUUAGAUACUUGUUCUUAUACCUCAAAUGAACCAUUUAACUUUGAGUUUGAUUUAACACUUUCUGAGUUAAUAACACUGUCAUUAUAUUUUAACAAUACUGUGAUUGUGUGGGAGAGUUGUUCUCUACGAUGCUUUCAAAUAA